CUUUCCAAUAAAUUACCAUAUUUCGAUCAUUUAUUCUGUCCUGUGCUUUUGCCGAGAAUCAUUUGGGCUGCAAAUAGGCCUAACUCAACUGAAACCUGAAUUUUCGACUCUAUCUACGACCAAUUCAAAAUGGGCGACAAGCGCAAGCUCGCCGAGGACACCCCGGUCGACGAGGUCGCUCCCGAAGGCAAGAAGAUGAAGAAGGAGAAGAAGGACAAGAAGGAGAAGAAGGAGAAACGCAAGGCCGAGAAGGAGGUCGAGGCCGUCUCCGAGAUCACCGCGGAGGAGAAGAAGAAGGAAAAGAAGGAAAAGAAGGAGAAGAAGGAGAAGAAGGACAAGAGCGAGAAGAAGGAAAAGAGCGAGAAGAAGGAGAAGCGCAGCGCUGACAAGGCCGAUCUCGACGACGAGGCUAAGGCUGCGAAGAAGGCCGCGAAGAAAGCCAAGCACGACAAGAAGAAGGGUUCCAAGGAAGAGGCCGCUACUCAAGAAGAGUCUACGACGAAUGAAGAGGAGAUGGACGUUGAUGCUGAGGCUGAGAACAACGAGGUUCAGCAGAAGAGCUCCCGUUUCAUCUGUUUCGUCGGAAACCUACCCUACUCCGCAACCAAUGAGUCCCUCAGCAAGCACUUUGAGAAGAACCCACCAGCCUCAAUCCGCGUCGCAACCAAGAAAGAAGCCCCAACUAAAUGCCGCGGUUUCGCCUUCAUCGAGUUCGACAACUACGACCGCAUGAAGACCUGCCUCAAGCUAUACCACCAUUCCAUGUUCGACGACGGCAAGUACCCGCCUCGCCGGAUGAACGUUGAAUUGACUGCCGGCGGCGGUGGAUCCAACUCCGAGCACCGCAAGGCCAAGAUCCAAGCUAAGAACGAGAAACUCAACGAGGAGCGCCAGCGUCUCGCCAAGGAUAUUAAGAAAGACAAGAAGAAGCACGACAAGGCUAAGCCCGCUGGCGCCGAGGUCUCCGGCGCGAAUGCCGUUGCCGUGCCCGAGGAUGAUCGGUUCGCCGGUAUGCACCCCAGUCGUCGGGGCCGGAUCUAGAUAUUCCUCUACCCCUGGUCGUCGAUGGUUUGAUGCCGUCAAGGCUCUGGUCUUUGCUAUUUGUUUUUAGGUUUUUUUAUUGUUUUGUCUUGUACAUCUUGGGAUGGGACUGGAAAAGUCUGUGGCUUUUUAUGAUUUGAUAGAAGAUACCACUUGCUUGGCUUCUGUGCAUAGUGAAAUGCGAUAUUAUGAGCAUAUAAGCAUGAUAGCUUACUCGAUUCAAGUUCCAAGUUUUGGGUUUCUUGCGUGCGCGAUUGCACCAUAUUCGGUAGACGAUAGAUCAUACGUUUUGACUUUCAAGUGUGGGGUACAGAUGCAAUCGGUGAGCGAGGAGAAUAGACACAAAUUUUUACAGACUGCCUAGCUCUAAGAAUAUCAACAGGCCCCGAACGAAUAACGUGAAGUGCAACUCGCAAGGGUCCAGCCAAAGAUCCUUCCCAAAGACUUGGAACCACCGUACUGAGAGCCAUGGCCAUGAACGAGAUCUCCCACGGAAGCGGAGGGCAUGCCCCGUAAGGAACAGAAGAAAAAACAAGUCAGAAUAAAAUGAAAAUGGGGGGGAAAAAAACGAGUCAAUGGAUUCAUCAAUCAAGCAAGGCCCAAAGAAAAGCCUCUGGCUACCCGGACGCCGUAUUAACUAUAGUAUUAUUCGUUAUAGCAUACGCAAAAAGGAGGGUGGUGGUCCCCAUGCACAAAGCACCGCUACAAGAUCAUGCAUUUGUUCUUCCUCCCGGACUUUGCGAGGGGACGGGGGUUAAGAACGGCUCUAUGAUGGGGAAAGGGGUUAGCUCUGUAUUUGCAAGCCUGCGGGCGACCAACAAUGUCUUUGGUGGAAAGAGUCGCGGAGAUGUGCAGUGCAAGGGCUAGUAG